UUCCUCUUUCAUUUACCAACCGGGUGUUGCUCCGCGCACCUGCUACGUUACUUUUGACCAAAAAUCGGUGUGCAGAGCAACCCCAAACCCUAUUAAAUUAUUACGGAGUAAUAAGUAUACGCCAUUUCCUCCGUAUACAUCCGAACAGCUCUUCCGUCGUUUCCAAGAUGAACCUCCGCAAUUUCAAAACCACUGUUUCCUAUCCCUCCGUUUCCCCUCAGAUUAGACUGACUCCUACUUUCAAUAUCCCACGUAGUCAACACCAAAAGCCUUGUAGCUCUCUUGAGGUUCCUCUAAGCAUUUGUUCCAAGCCAGCUGCUAACAAAAGUCACACACUUGGAGGAUCGUCUCUACAUUUCCCAUUGCAAAAGAGAGCUCAAUUUGGCAAGACAUUUUGCUCUGUUGGGAUCUGUACAUAUCCUGAAAGUGUAAAUGAAUUUCCAUCACAUACACAUGAAGAGAAGACAUGGGUGCUUCUUUUGAACCUUGGAGGGCCAGAUACACUUCACGAUGUUCAACCAUUCCUUUUCAAUCUGUUUGCUGAUCCUGAUAUUAUACGCCUCCCCAGGUUAUUUCAAUUCCUACAGCGCCCAUUAGCACAAUUAAUAUCUGUUCUACGAGCUCCCAAAAGUAAGGAAGGCUAUGCUGCAAUUGGAGGCGGUUCACCUCUGCGAAGAAUCACAGAUGAUCAGGCAAAUGCUUUAAAAAUGGCACUGAUAGAGAAGGAAGUCUCUGCUAAUGUCUACGUUGCUAUGAGAUACUGGCACCCAUUUACUGAGGAAGCUGUUCAACAGAUCAAACGAGAUAGAAUUACGAGACUUGUUGUGUUACCCCUAGUCCCCUAUAUCCUCAAUAUUCCAUCUCGACGACUGGAUCAAGCAUCCGUGUUCUUCAGAAUAUUUUUGGGAGAGAUCCAUAUUUGAGUAGACUACCUGUGGCUAUCAUACAGUCAUGGUAUCAACGACAGGGUUACAUCACGUCCAUGGCUGACUUGAUUGAGAAAGAGGUUAAAAAGUUUCCACAGCCUGAUGAGGCAAUGAUAUUCUUCAGUGCACAUGGAGUACCUGUCAGUUAUGUUGAGGAUGCUGGUGAUCCAUACAGGGAUCAGAUGGAAGAAUGCAUUUCACUGAUAAUCCAAGAACUGAAAUCAAGAGGAGUUAACAAUGAGCAUACUUUGGCUUACCAGAGCCGAGUUGGACCCGUACAGUGGUUGAAACCUUACACUGAUGAAGUUCUUGUUGAACUUGGAAAGAAAGGAGUGAAAUCUCUGCUGGCUGUUCCAGUGAGCUUUGUGAGUGAGCACAUAGAGACACUUGAAGAGAUUGAUAUGGAAUACCGAGAGUUGGCUCUUGCAUCCGGAAUUGUGAAUUGGGGCCGGGUCCCAGCCCUCAACUGCACCUCCACUUUCAUAACUGACCUUGCAGAUGCAGCGAUCGAAGCUCUUCCGUCUGCCAUUGCAACAGUCUCAACAACAUCACCCAACUCCCCUCCAACUGAAGAAGCUGUCUUGCGCUACAUAACCAAGAUGCUUUUGGGCUCUAUUUUGACGUUCGUUUUGCUCUUUUCCCCAAAGAUGCUCUCGGCAUUCAAGAACCACCUCCUUUGAGUGGGAUGCAUGAGGAGGAAGGAUUAUCAGGUGGUGCCGCAAGGGUUUAAGAAGUGGUAUAUCAACACACUAUUGUAUCCAGACAAAAUUUUAAUACAUUGAAACGAUACCCAAAUGCAAAAGUUUUAAACUUUCAUACGGUAUUGUAUAUAGUAUACAAAAUAUUAUUGUUCCCCAACCUAAAUAAUAUCAAGUGCAUUGAGGAAGGAGGAUUUUCAUUAAAUACUACUAUAUUUGUUCCAUAGUAAAGUUCUCAUAGUACUGAAUGCCAGCUUUACUUUAAGGCGGAAUAGUAUGUUAACUUUUAUAUUUAAUUUUAAUUGAUUAGGCUUCGGAUAAUUAUGUUAA